AUGCUCUUCUUCAGCUUCUUCAAGACCCUCAUCGACCACGAGGUCACGGUCGAACUCAAGAACGACAUUCAGCUCAAGGGCGUCCUCAAGAGCGUCGACCAGUACCUCAAUAUCAAGCUCGACGACAUCCAGGUUGUCGAUGAGCUCAAGUACCCCCAUCUGAGCUCUGUCAAGAACGUCUUCAUCCGAGGCUCCGUGGUGAGGUACGUCCACCUGCCCUCGUCCUCAGUGGACACGCAGCUGCUGGAGGAUGCCACCCGAAGAGAAGCGGCAGCUCAGCAGGCCAAGGCGAAAUGA